AUGUUGUUGCCUGUCAGAAGGUUCUUAAUAACUGCUUGGUUAUUGUUAACAUCCGUGUCAGCUCUCGAUAUAACGCUGGACAGAAUCGACCGUGGUACAGUUGAUGUCAGUGUUGGUGACAUUACAAUUCACUCCCCUGCGUCGUGGUCUAUUAUUAAUAAUGCUAUUUCCACAAUUGUUGGUAAUCUUGAUGUCCAAUCUGGUGCUGGCUUUUAUAUUACUCUGACAUCCCCUGUUCUUUCCCUCCAAGUGCUUUUAACUUCCCUUCUUGAAACAAUUCAGAAUGAUGGUAUUAUUUCUUUUAAUUCAGUUGCUUCUUUGACUAGUUCAACUUUUAAUUUAGCUGGUUUGUCAUUUGAGAAUACUGGUGAAAUGUACAUGGGCGCCUCUGGAGUCUUACCAAGUGUUAUGUCUAUCACUGCUGCAUCUUGGGAUAAUGAAAACUUAAUGGUGUUCUAUCAGAACCAAAGAAACUCAGGAAAUGUUUUGCUUGGUACUCCUCUCGGAAGUAUUACUAACAAUGGUAACAUUUGUCUUUUUGAUUCUGUGUACCAACAAACUACAGCAAUCAAAGGAAGUGGGUGUAUUACUGCCGAUGAUGACUCAACCAUCUAUAUUUCUAACUCACUUUUAUCAGUUGACACUAACCAAAAUCUUUAUCUCAAAGAUAGCGAUUCAUCAAUUAUUGCUCAGGCUCUUUCUACUCCUCAAACAUUCAAUGUUUAUGGUUUUGGUAACGGAAACAAAAUUGGUGUCACAUUACCACUUGUUGGUAAUCUUAUUCCAAGUUACCCAGCUUACAGUUAUGAUGAAUCCACUGGUAUAUUAACUUUAAGAAACCUCUUAGUAACACAAAGAUUUAACAUUGGUACCGGUUAUGAUCCCGAUUUAUUUCAAAUUGUUACUGAUUCAGGAGCUGGGUUACCUUCAACCGUUCUUGGUAGUCUUCAAUAUAAUGGUCCAGUCCCAGAUCGUACUUUACCUUCUUCAUGUCAAAUUGAAUGUAAACAACUUCCAGAAGCUCCAGGUACUGAACCAACAGAGUACACAACAACAAUCACUACUACUGCUUCAGAUGGAUCUGAAUUGACAGAGACAGGUGUUGUUGACAUUACCACUGAUACAAAUGGUUCCUGGUACACGACCACUUCAAUUUUCCCAACCGCGUCUACAAGUAGUUCUGAAGUCGUGUCAUCAACCGAAGAAUCUACUUCUUCCAGUGAAGCUACUUCCUCCAGUGAAGCUACCUCAUCUAGUGAAGCCACUUCUUCCAGUGAAGCCACUUCUUCCAGUGAAGCUACUUCUUCCAGUGAAGCUACCUCAUCUAGUGAAGCUACCUCAUCUAGUGAAGCUACUUCUUCCAGUGAAGCUACCUCAUCUAGUGAAGCUACCUCAUCUAGUGAAGCUACUUCUUCCAGUGAAGCUACCUCAUCUAGUGAAGCUACUUCUUCCAGUGAAGCUACCUCAUCUAGUGAAGCCACUUCUUCCAGUGAAGCUACCUCAUCUAGUGAAGCUACUUCUUCCAGUGAAGCCACUUCUUCCAGUGAAGCCACCUCAUCUAGUGAAGCCACUUCUUCCAAUGAAGCUACUUCCUCCAGCGAAGCUACCUCAUCUAGUGAAGCUACCUCAUCUAGUGAAGCUACUUCUUCCAGUGAAGCUACUUCUUCCAGUGAAGCUACUUCUUCCAGUGAAGCUACUUCUUCCAGUGAAGCUACCUCAUCUAGUGAAGCUACUUCUUCCAGUGAAGCUACCUCAUCUAGUGAAGCCACUUCUUCCAGUGAAGCUACCUCAUCUAGUGAAGCUACCUCAUCUAGUGAAGCUACUUCUUCCAGUGAAGCCACUUCUUCCAGUGAAGCCACCUCAUCUAGUGAAGCCACUUCUUCCAGUGAAGCUACCUCAUCCAGUGAAGCUACUUCUUCCAGUGAAGCCACCUCAUCUAGUGAAGCUACUUCCUCUAGUGAAGCUACCUCAUCCAGAGAAGGCUACCUCAUCCAGUGA